CCACCACCAUAUGCCACCGUGCAACGAAGUCGAUAAAGAACUACAUGGAUAUACGCGUCUUGAAAGUGAGGUUAUAUGAGACACUCGAUCAGUAAGAUUCUAACCAACAAUCACUCGACACUCAGGUAUAUGCGGUCAGUAAUCACUGACUACACCGACUAUACAGAAGUCAGUAGAAGUAGCUGACUAUUUGCACGACCGUUGCGCGGUCUGAGAUACUGAUGUCGAAUUUAUUUGGUCAACGUGCUUCCGUUUUUUAUCUUAUUCGUUUUUAUUUUUCUCGUUUUGUUUUAAUUCCGUUUCCGAUUCUUCGAUCUCCGUUCGUGGAGAUUCGUUGAUUUGAGAAAAACGUGGCUAAAAAGAAAAGUGUGUCGAAAGUGCUAUUCGCGUCCUUUUUCGAGCAUUGCCUUUCAACGUUCUUCGUUUUAGUCAUCUGCCAAGAUCGGUUUAUCGAAAAUUGGAACAGCAGCGUGGAGCACGUGGAUACAGAAUGUUGAGAUCCGUGAUAGGGCGGACACAAUCCGCAAUAAUCUGGCUUUUGCUGCUGCUGGUAACCUGGCGAAACAAAGAUAGUUGCAACGGCCUGCAAUAUCAGUCGGUCGAGGUUUAUGCAAACGGCGAUGACUGCGCUCUGAUCUUGAAUGGGCCGGGGAGGACCACUGUCUUUGAUUAUACUUACAAUUUGUUGCGCGGUUCUUUCACAUCGACAGCCGGAUCGCAGACAUGCAUCACUUACGAUGCCGUGAAUCGAGCGUAUAUCGAAGCGAGAAAACGCAUCAAUGUGGCGCAACCCAAGAACAAAAUGUGGAGACCAGAGGAUUUAGCCACGGUUGGAGAACUUUUAUUGGAUAUCAGUGCGAACCUUGUGCAAACAUAUGGCCUAACCUUCGAAGAAAUCGAAAAAAGUCUUCCCUUGAUCGACACUUCCAAGACCUUAAUUCGCGAGGUAUGCCCUGCCUUUUUGAGCAACGUGGAAUGCCGUGCUGGUAAAUAUAGAAGAAACGACGGCUUGUGCACGAAUCUGCAAAAUCCAACAUGGGGCGCCACGUUAGCGCCCUUCCAAAGAGUGCUGAGUCCACGAUUCGCGGACGGUUUAACAGCGCCUAGAAUAUCGGUGACCAGUCAUGAUUUACCAUUAUCACGCAUAGUGUCACGCACUAUGCAUCCUGACGAGGGUUAUCACGAUCAUGCUGGCACAGUCAUGGUCAUCGCCUGGGGACAGUUUAUGGAUCACGACUAUACGCUAACUGGAACGCCUCUAGAUCCUUUGAACCGAAACGACCCGGAGGAAUGUUGCCAUCGGCCACCGCACCUGAAGAAUCCUUAUUGCAACGAGAUUCUUAUACCGGAAGACGAUUAUUUCUACAGACUGUUCAACGUGAAAUGCAUGGACUUCGUUCGCGCCUUUCCUGCUGUUCGACCUGGAUGCCGGCUCGGCUCCCGUGUGCCUUUCAAUCUUCUUACCGGUGUGCUCGAUGGGAACACGGUAUAUGGAAUCACGGAAUCAUUCGCCAGGAAGCUACGAGCUGGUUAUGGAGGAUUGUUACGCAUGAAUCCGGUGUUCUCAGAAUACGGACUGAAGGAUUUAUUGCCGCUCAAGCUGGAUAUUCCGGACGAGGGAUGCACUCGGCCGAAUCGAUCGAUGUUCUGUUUCGAGGCGGGUGAGAUAAGAGUGAACGAGCAGCUAGUGUUAACCUGCAUGCAUACUUUGAUGGCACGUGAGCAUAAUCGAAUCGCGAAGACGUUAAUUCAAAUAAAUCCUCAUUGGGACGAUGAAACGCUGUAUCAAGAAGCAAGAAGAAUCGUUAUUGCUGAAAUUCAACAUAUCACUUAUAAUGAAUUUCUACCCAUUUUACUUGGCAAAGAUGUCAUGGAAAAAUUUGGACUUCUCCUUGAAAAAAAUAGCUAUUGGGAUGGUUACGACGAAAGCGUGAAUCCAUCCGUGAUUGAUGCUUUUGCUUCUGCAGCCUUCAGAUUCGGACACUCGUUAUUGCCAACGGCAGUAGAAAGGUGGAGUAAAGCUCAUAAAUUUAUUGCUUCGAAGAGACUGUCAGAUUUGAUUAGAAGACCGUUUGAUUUGUAUCGUGCUGGAGUUUUCGACGAAUACAUUAUGGGGUUGAUGAAUCAAGUUGCUCAAGCUAUGGACGAUUCUAUCACGCAAGAAGUGACAAAUCAUUUAUUUAAAAAAGUUGGAGCUAAAUUUGGAUUGGAUCUGGUCUCGUUUAAUAUGCAACGAGGACGUGAAUUUGGUAUUCCAAGUUAUAUGGAAUUCAGAAAAUUCUGUGGACUUCCUUGGGUGGACACUUUUGACGAGCUACACGGCUCCAUGCCAAACGAGACGAUCAGACGCUAUAGCUCGAUUUUUGAGCAUCCAGCUGACGUCGAUCUCUGGUCCGGUGGUGUAUCCGAGAGACCACUUCCGGGUAGUAUGCUCGGCCCAACCUUCGCCUGUAUAAUCGCCACGCAAUUCAGUUAUUCCCGUCGAGGCGACCGAUUUUGGUACGAGUUGCCCAACCAGCCAUCGUCCUUCACUCUCGAUCAACUGAACGAGAUCCGAAAAAUAAAACUCGCCAGAGUGAUCUGCGACAACACGGAUUUGAUCGAUACCAUACAGAUUUAUCCCAUGGUAUUACCCGAUCAUGAAAUAAACCCACGAGUACCCUGUCGAAGCGGCGUCCUGCCUAGUAUGGAUCUAACCAAGUGGGCAGAAUUCCCAACCGCGAAUCAUGCUCAAUACACGUAAAAAUUUAGCGAACCUAGACCAGAAAACCAUCACCAAUGUAGCGAAAACAACAGUUACGAGCCAAGAAGCACGACUCUUAGGCACUCCUUUUACACAUUACGGUAUUGUAGCGUAGGAAAUUAAACCUGCAUGUUCCAUUUCGAAUCAGCUUUAGGGACAUAGGAUGCAGACAAAUGCAACGCAGAUGCAGUUAUAGAUUAGAUGAAUAUUCCUAGAGAUUAAUUUAUUUUUAUCAAACUAGAAUUAUAAUUUAUAUUCGAAACUAUAAAUUAUGAUGUCGACGUAGUCUCUCUUUUAUGUGUCUUUUUUUAUACAUUUUUAUAUAUAUAUAUAUAUAAUUUUAUAUAUUUCAAAUGUAUAAAGAUUAAUUUUAAGAAACUCACGAAUACGUUUAUAGACGCCAUAAACUAAUUGCUUUCGUGUUACGAUUUAACCAGGAUUUUUGUAACAUAUCUUUAAACGAGAAUGGCGUGAUGCACGCACAAUCAUGACACUUUGUUACCAUUAAUUAUUAAACGAAAGGAAAAUUGAGAAUCUUGCAGGAUUCGUAGAAUAAAUUUAAACAUAAAAUUUCCACAUAAUUUGUUCGAUAUUGUCUUUCUUUAAUUUUAAUAAAUUUUUCAAAUUUAAAGACGAUCCAGAUUUGCAUAAAAAUUUCAAAAAGAUAUUUUUUAUUAAUAGUAAGAAUAUGAAAUAAUUUAUUAAAUUGAUGUUGCUUCGUGAAUUUGAAUUAUCGUUUCUUUGUUAGAUUUGCUGGAUUCUUGCGUAGCGAUUAUUCUUUUAAGUAUAUUAAACAAAUAUGUCAUAAAUAUAUAUCUACCUCUUUUUAUUGCAAAAUUCUCAAUUGAAUCAUCACGAUUCGUAACAAUUUCUACGAAUGCUUUUAAUAAUCGCUUGAUGAAUCAUCUAGUAUGUGAAUAAUGCAUUUAGCUAUGCCUGUGUUAUAUCUUAUUACAAUACGUUAUAUCAAUUGCGAACGAAUGCACGAUUUACAUGGAUUAGACAAGAAACGAAUUCUUUCACCUUCUCUUCGAAGAUAACACAGAUAUAGAGAGCAGUCAAGUGCGAAUACCUGUCGAAUACUCCAAUUUUAUUCGUGAUAGCAAUCAUUUAUAAAAAUUUUAUUUAUAUUUUGCAAAUUUGAUUCGAUAAAAGUUUAAUCGAUUAACACGGCUCAAAUGUGUGUAUAUUAUAUUAUAUCUGUUAAUUUUUAUUUCUAUACAUAUUUACGUAAUUUAUAUACAUUCGUAUCAAUUUUUUUUCACCGAUGAUGUAAAUUAUGAAAAAUAAUUCAAUUUACGUAAAAUCGAAUGUCUAAUUAUUUUUAUAUAUUCCAUGCAUGGAAAAUUACAGCUUUUGGUUUAUUUACUAUUCGUCAGGUUUCUAGUGUAUUCUUUAAUUUUAUCAAAAUUCUUCCUUUUUUUUAUUUUACUUAUCUCUCUUAUCGAAUUUCUAAUGUACUUUUCAUACAUAAUACCACACGAUGUACAUAAUAGCAUGUAACAAAAAUUCAUUCCCUCCAUAAAAUCGCACCAAGGUGGGUAGCAAUGUCCAUUAUCUAGUCUUUUCGUGUAUCGCAAUAAAUAUUAAGUCAUUCCAUAAUAAUAAAAUUCCAUAACACUGUUUUUCCUUUCUCUAUUUUCAUUUUACAAUUACAUUCUUAUUAAGUCUUUUAUUUUAACUUUUUAUAAAAUUUCUAGCGUGACAAAUGUAUCAAAUCUCCAAUAACGUAAAACUCGCUUAUUUAUGGGAUUGGCUUGAUAUAAUUUUUCCCUAACUAAAAUAACGAAAAGGUGACAAGAAGACGAGGCAAAAAAGCACAUUGUCCCAUUUUUGAUACUCUACCAAUAUUCUACAAAGGAUGCACGUGCAAAUGUAAACCUAUUGUACUAUAGCGAUUGGUGGAGGAGCUUGAUGUACCAAGGCAGCCAACGAGAUCGGAAAAGGCGCGGAACCAAUACAACAGACAGCAAGUUUUACGACUCUUCUUUGAGAGCAUUAAUGGCAUUGCUUCGUAUCUGGGAUUCAGAAAGUAAUCGACUAUGGUUAUGAAGAGCGUCGAUGCACGGGGAUGAAUCGCACGAAACGACGCUAGCUUUUGUAUUCGAUCGUAAAAAAAUUAUUUGUGAUUGAAUUUUCGCAAGAUGGUCGUACAAAGAGAAGAGAAAUAAAUUGUUUCGUUCAUCCUCGCACUUUCUAACAUUUUAAGACACUGCCCAUUUAUAUCUUACGUUUAAUAAUAUAUAUCGAAAAAAUUGAUGAUAUUUAUUGCUAAUAUACAGUGAAAAAAGCUCUGUUUAGUAAAAUUGAAUCUUAUUAUAUAAAUAUAUAAAAUUGACAUUUUUCUUAAAACCAGUAUUUGAAGAAUUCCAUAUCUUGCACCAAACUAUGUAAUACUAACAAUAAAUAUCAUACCAAGCUUGUAACAAGCUAUACCAUUUACUUAUUCUCAAAAAUUGCGAACAUGAAUAUUACGUUUCCAUUCUUAAAUAAGUCAAUGGAACCUUUUUAGAGAUUCAAUUAUCAUCUCUGAAAAAGCAAGUAUCGAAAUGCUAAUUUGUACGAUAGGCAAUUCCUCAUUUUCCCUAUUUUUACAUUUUUUUUUCUUAUUUUAAUAAAUAUAUGAGUAACAACAAAAGCGCAAUGUUAUGUGAAUCUGGUGAAAUGGUAUUUAUUUUUAUUGCUUCAAACAUAUUAUUGUAUAAUAUGUGCACUAAAAUGAAGUGAAAAUGUCAUUAAAAUAUAGCUAUUCUUUAGCAGAGAAGAAAAGUCUAAUCUUUUAGAUUUAAGUUUUCUGUGAAAUGAAUCCUUUUUAAGAAAAUUAAUGCUGAUGAGCCAAAGUUUUUGAUACCAUUCGAUCAAUCAUUGUGUUAAAAAAUAUAAAUAGAAAAUAUGUCCAAAAUAAUAAUAACAACUUUUUCAAUGAAAUAAAACGAAACAUUAAAACUUUUAAAUUCAAAUUUAAAUAUCAUUAUACAAGACAACUUUUCUUCGCUAUUAUUAGAAUAGCACGAAUAAAUUUGGCUUUGUAUCUUGUUCCAUAAUAAUAAUAUACGCGUGCACAAUAAAAUAAAUAUCUGAACCAUCGUAUAUCUUUUACUUUGUAAUUAUAUCUUGUACAUAAGUACCACGAAUAAAAUCGCAUUAACGAGAGUGCCAUUUAUGGAAA